GUGGAUGGCUGAAGGUUUUCUGCAUGAGGAUGCGGAGGAAAGCAUGGAGGACAAAGGUCAUAGUUAUUUCCUUGAUUUGGUACAAAGAUCAUUAAUGGAACCAAUUCCAUAUUUUAACGGAGAGUGGUUCAUUAUGCAUGACCUCAUCCAUGACUUGGCUCAAUGGGCUGUAGGUGAUGUUGGCUCUACAAUGGAUAUCAAAAAUAUUUGUUCUAGAACUCGUUAUUUUUCCUUCACUAAAGAAGUCAUAAAAGACCAACCCUGGACUCAAGAGAAAAUUGGUCAAUUGCGAACAUUUGCUUAUUUUGGCAGUCAGGUUCCUACAAUACAUUUGUCAGAUUCCAGCUUCCAAAGAUUUCAUUACUUACGCUUGCUGUCUAUGGCUCACAUGGGGAUCACAGAGUUGCCAAAUUGUAUUGGUGAUCUGAAGCUCUUACGAUUUCUUGACCUCUCAUUUAAUCCUGAACUGAAGGAGUUACCAGAAUCAACCAGCAAACUUUGCAAUCUCCAGACACUGCUAUUGAGAGGCUGUAAAUCUCUCAGGAAGUUAGUCACUAACAUGGCACACCUAACUGAUCUUCGUCACCUGUACAUUGAUGAAGGUAGUGCUUUGAUGGAAAUUCCCCUGGGGAUUGGGAGAUUAACAAACCUGCGGACGUUGAAAAGAUUCUUCUUGACACCAACGUCUGGGUUCAGGAUCAGUGAGUUGAAGAACUUGAAAAGUCUCAGUGGCUCACUGGAUAUCUUUGGCCUCCGAAAUGUGGUCAGGAGUAAAGAUGCAGAAGAAGCCAAGCUGUAUGAAAAAUCGAGCCUUGAAGUGUUGAGAUUGUUUUGGGGAACUUCUACUUGUGCAGUUGGUCAGAACAUUGAAAGAGACGUACUUGACCAAUUGCAACCUCAGAAAUCCAUCAAAGAAUUACAGUUGAAAGGGUACAAGGGCUUGGCGUUUCCUACUUGGUUGAGGAAUCCCUCUUUCCCUCAGAUGGUUGACAUACGAUUGGAGGACUGUAAUAUAUGUGACUGCUUACCACCACUAGGGAGUCUUCCGUCAUUGAAGGAGCUUUUGGUAAAAGGGAUGGAUGGCGUUAAAACUGUAGGUCCUGAAUUUUAUGGUAUUGGUUGUUCAAAUCCAUUUCCUGCAUUAAAAACUUUACAUUUUGUUCAUAUGGAGUCUUGGGAGGAGUGGUCGCAUCCAUCAAUUGACAAUAGCAAGGCAUUUCCCCAUCUUGCAAACCUUAAAAUAUUACAGUGUCCAUUGUUGCAGGGGAUUCAGGGCUUUUGGGUACCAGGAAUUAACCGUCUUCAGGUUUAUAACUCCGGUGACAAAUGGUACAGGUUUCAAGAUAAACGCUUAAGCUUAAUAUUGGUGGACUGUCCAACCUUGAGUCACAAUGCCUAUGGGGAUUUAGACAAGCUCACUUAUGUCGACUUAAGAGGCUGCAAAGACCUGACUAUGUUCUUGGAACAUAGUUGUCCAUCGAGUAUAAUAGAGCUUAUAAUCUACGAUGACAACUCUUCGAAGCAGCUAUCCAUGUUAACCAACCGAAUCACUUGUCUUCAAGUGCUUCAUAUUGAAAGGUGUUCAUCUCUGAUUACUAUUGGCUGUUUGCCCCUAACACUUGUCGAACUAGUGAUCAAAGAUGUCAAUAUAGAGCAGCCAGCUGAAGAGUGGGGACUUCACCUCCUUACUUCUCUAAGAUAUCUUGAACUCGUGGACAUGGGAAGCGGCAUAGAUUCAGUAGAGUCGGUCCCAGGUUCGAAUUUUGUUCUCCCCUCUUGCUUGGAGGUCUUAAUCAUCCGCGGCUUUCCAAAUUUGAAAUCUUUGUCAUGCCAUAACCUCCCCAACCUUAUUAAGGUUGACAUUGAGAAAUGUCCUCUGUUUAGCCAAGGAAGCAUACAGUUUCCUGAUAGAUCAGUAUAUAGUAGCCAUGACCCCCAUCAACACUUCUACCUCGAGGAUGAACUGUAUACUGAUAGAAAAUGGUUUUUCCGGAGUAGAGUUUUAGGGAGUUAAACUUUCAGCUAAGGUUGUAGUUGUGAAAAGACAUUUGGUACGAGUAUGUUUUAUUGGAACAAGGUCAUGAAACCUUAAAACGUAUCAAGAUUUGGCAAAUGUAUGUUCACUAGCUUCAAUAGUGUAUGCAUUUAACCUGAAAUGUUUCUAAGAGAAACUCUAUACCUAUAAUAAUUGGAAAAUAAUAUAAUAAAAUUAGCUUAUACUCAGCAUUAAGCUGUGUU